UUAAGCUAAUGUAGAUUACAGAUUUAAUCAAACCAGUAAUGCUUCUACAAACAGAAGACAUGAACCAAAUUGAGAAAGCCACGUUACAGAACUGUCGUAAUUGUCUCCUGGAAGAUCUAGAUCCUACCAUGUCAUUUCUAUCACUACUCUACUGUUCUAGGAUAAUCACCGAGGAUCAGAAAGACAGAGUUGAGAACCAAAGAACAAGACAAGAUAAAGUUAUAACAUUAUUAGAUAUUCUACCUCGACGUGGUCCCAGGGCCUUCCGUAAAUUUAUAGAUGUCCUAGAAACAGACUAUAACUGGAUAAAAGAGAAAUUAGAAGAUGAAUUACAGGCUCAGGAAUAUCAUAAAAGAAUACUCGAUGCUAUUGAUGACAGAAUGAAACAAAAUGGAGAAUUUAUUCGUGACAAAGAUUACAUAGACAAGAUAGUCAGGGAAACAAUUUUACCAUUUCUUCUUCAAGAAUUACGUACAUCACCUUCAAGUAGCCCCUCAAAUAAAAUAGAUCAACCCCUUAAGGAUGUUAUAACCAAUCAUUUGAUUCCAUUACUUGGAGGAUCUUCUGCUAAGAAUAAACUAGAGGCCAAUCAAGAGGUUUUGAUGGAAAAAGCUAUUGAAAUAAUUGAUCAAUUACGGGAAAAGUGUUGUGACACUUUGGGACUAUCAAGUGAAUCCUGCCAAGAUGAAACCCUACCUGCAUUAAUUGAGAGAAGGAUGAUUGAGGUUAAAACAGAGAUAACACUUUUACGGAAAGAAAACAAAAAAUCUAAAAAGGCGGAAGAAAAAUUAACAACAGAAAAUCAAAAACUGAAAUCUGAUAACACAACACUAAAGUCAGAAGUCAAAAAGUUAAAAUCAGAUUCACAAGGCUCAAGGAGCGAACUAAAAAAAUUAAAAGACGAAGUUCAGAAAUACAAAACUGAAAGUUUAAAACUCAAACAGGAAAAAAAUACUUUAAAAGAAGCUUUAAAUGAUGCUGGAGUGGACUUGUUGAUUUCUUCAGAUUUCUGUGGAAGCUAGCAUUCAAAGAUCUCUACUGAAUUCUGUAGAAGCCAGCAUUUGACAAACUCAAAAGGAUUUCUGUGUAAUCUAGUAUUCUACAAUCUCUAUAGAAUUUUGUGGAAGCUAUUCAUUCAAGAGCUCUUAAGAAUUCUGUGGAAGCUACUGUGGAUUCGUUUAUUUUUCGAGGAUAUCAAUUUUUCGUACAUUGAGGGAAUAUUGUUUUUUCGGUUAAUAUUUGAUAUCAUGUGUGUUUGCAAAAGUCUGAAAACAUGCUUAUACUCGGAUUUGAAUUUCUUUGAACAUUGAAAUUUGUGGUAGACCUUUACCCACGAAAUCCACAAAAAUUGAUAUCCAAAGAAUAAUAAUGAAUCCACAGUAUAUCAUUCCAAAAAUAUCUACGGAUUUAUGUGGAAGUUAACAUUCAACAAUAAUUUCAGAUUUCAAAUAAUACCUGUAGACGCUAGCAUUAAAUGAUCUUUCUGUUGAAGCAACCUUUGUGUAUUUCUACAGAUUUCUGUGGAAGCUAGCUUUGAAAGUUUUCUAUAGAUUUCUAUGGAAGCUAUGCUAGCAUUAUUUUUUAUUUUUGUUACUCAUCAUAUUAUUUAUAUGCCAAUGAUAUUGUGCCAAAUGUUGCAUUUAA